GUUGCCUGUCCCUGCUGCUCAUAAACCAUUUUCUUCUUUUUGACUGACUUCUUUAGUUUUAAAUUCAUUACUCUUUUAUAAUCCCAUUGCUUUCUUUAUUUAUUUGACCUUUUUUAUUCUAUGUCCACUGCUUGUUGCUUUAAUCAUGAAGACAAACUAGGUCCACAUUGCCUCUCUCUCUCUCUCUCUCUCCCCUUCCUUUUUAAAGUUGAUCAUUUAGGUCUAAAAACAGGCUUGGUUGUAGUUGGUAUUGGUGCAAGUAAGUGGUGAUGUCGACAACAAUGGAUAAGCAAGUAGAAGCAAACCCAUCAUCAUCAUCAUCACCAUCACCAUCACCAUCAUCAUCUCCAGGAAGAGGAAGAGAAGAAGGACUAAAGAGAGAAGAAGAAGAUCAUGAAGGUGAAGGAGGAGGAGGAGGGGCUCUUCAUUUUGAGGACAGAGCAAGAGCAGCCCAAUAUCCCACUUUCAUAGGGAAGCAUAAACUGGCAGCUUCUAUAUCCCAUCUCCAUAACCAAAUCGACGUCAUCCAGAAAGAGCUGACCCAACUUGAGACAGUAGGUGAAUCCUCCAUUGUCUGCAAAGAGCUCAUUGCCAGCGUUGAAUCCAGUUCUGAUCCCCUGCUUCCAUCGACUAAAGGUCCAGCUGAUGUAGGGUGGGAUAGGUGGUUCAGAGGAGCCCACAACUCAAGAAGUCACAAUCGCUGGAUCUAAAAACUUGUUCGCUUUCUUCAAAAUCAGUGUUUUCUUUCUUUUAUGCAUUAUCUUCUUCAGGCAGGGGAAAAUAGGAGGUUCUGUUUUUGGUGCACUUUCUUUGACCAUGAUUUGAAUAACUUAUUGGGAAGAACGUGAUUGGCAUACAGACAAGCAAACAUAAAAAAUUACACGAAAGAAAAAUCAUUUGGGA